UGUUAGCAUUUGAUUUUCAAUAUUUUAUUAUAUAUUAUUUCCAUCUCCUAAAAAAAUUUCAUUUUCCUUUUUCAUCCUUUUAAAAAAAAGCUAUUUUUUCUUUCAUAAAGAUAAAAAUUAUUGACAAUUUUAUCCUUGUGUGUGUGUAAAAAUUGAGAGAAGGAAUGAAGGAAUUAGGGAGAAAGGAGUGAGUGGUGGGUGGUGGAACAAGAUUGUUGCUUCAUUUCCACAAUGUAAAGUAAUGAAAAGAAAGGUGGUGUCUAGAUGUGCACAAGACUGACAUGAAUUCCCUCUCUAUUGACCCCAAGAAUGGUGUCACAAAUUUAUUCCAAGAAUGCCCUCAGUCCAAGAACACUGCUACACUGGGUUCUUGGGUGUUUCCAUCUUUCUUGAAAGGUGGGAACUUGGAAGAUCCUCCUCAUCAUCAUCAACAUCACCAGAACAGUGAUGUGGAUCAGGAAGAGGGCAAGGCCUCUGGUUCCAGUGAUGGGUUUGGAGAAAAUAGUGAAACCUUUGAUCUCAAUGCCACUCUAAGUGAUCAAGAUCAUGGUGCCAUGCAUGUGGGAGAGAAUAAUAGUCACAAUAAUAUUAACAGUGGCAGUAAUAAAGAAGCAGAGAGCAGUGGGCAGUCAAAGCUUUGCGCAAGAGGCCAUUGGAGGCCUGCAGAAGAUGCAAAGCUCAAGGAGCUUGUAGCCAUUUAUGGCCCUCAAAACUGGAACCUCAUAGCAGAGAAGUUAGAAGGAAGAUCAGGGAAGAGUUGUAGACUGAGGUGGUUCAACCAGUUAGAUCCAAGAAUCAACAGGAGAGCAUUCAGUGAAGAAGAAGAAGAGAGGCUAAUGGCAGCUCACAGACUGUAUGGCAACAAGUGGGCCAUGAUUGCAAGGCUAUUCCCAGGAAGAACAGACAAUGCAGUGAAGAACCAUUGGCAUGUCAUAAUGGCAAGAAAAUAUAGAGAGCAAUCAAGUGCUUACAGAAGGAGAAAAAUGGGGCAACUUGUUUACAGAAGAUCAGAUGAAGAAAACAAUAAUAUCAGUUCUGUCAAUAAUCACAGCAAGCCACCCAUUCUUCCAUUCGGAAUGGUUUAUGGCUCUGCAGAAGCAAUCCCAAGUAACAAUGGCCACCCAAUUCCUCCUCAGUUUUCUGGAUUAUGUUCAUCUCAGCAAAUUACUUUUGAUCCUUUCCCAGGGCAAUUUGACAACCAGAUGGUGGGCAUGGGAAGAUGUUGGGGGAAAGCUCAGAUCCAUGGCCAGAGCUAUCCUCCUCAACAGUACUUAAACUUUCCCUGUUCCACCACCAUCUCAACAGAUUUCUUCACGGCAAGGCCUCUACCACCGCCACAGCAGCCACCAUCUCCGCCGGCAGUGGCGGAGGAGGAGGACAGAAAGGGCACCAACAGCGUCGGUAACCAGACAAUUUCCCAUCCAUUUAUAGACUUCCUCGGAGUUGGAGCCGUUUAAAAAGAACAAAAGAACACCUGAAAAUGGGUUCUUCGAGAGAGGGAAAUGUAUGUUCUUUCCAAGAAUCAGUAAAGAACCCCCCCCCCCCCCCCUUUUUUUUUCUUUUCACCUCUUGAGAGUUAUAUGAACAGUGAAAGCUCUGCAGUUGGGUAACACUGAAAAUAACAAAAGCCAAAAUCUUUC